GUAGAUUGUGUUAUGUUAUCUCGUGAUUUCGCCAAAAUCUUCUGCUGCCUGAUUAGUUACGUGAAAGUGCGGUAUAGUGCUGUUUCCCUUAUUUUUGGUGGUUUUGGCUAAGGCAGAAUGUGGGUGGAUUUGCAUUCGGACUGUCACUAAUAAUUGUUGUUAUAUGGUUCCAUUUCAAAUAAGAUGUGAUUACGUUCGAGGUAUUUUCAUCGUAUCGGGUGGUGUUCUCUGUAACAGGAUGCCGGAUAUGGUGACGGUGGUGACCACAGGACUGGGGGUCAGUUUACUAGCCGGUGUCCUGUCUGGAGUCUGCUACGUGUUGGUCAGUGGAUACGGAAAUAAAAGAAUCCAUCAAAGUAAAAGCCAAUGGCACUGUGAAAUAUGCGGAACAUAUCUGAACACAACUAAGAAUAUUCUAAACGAGGAUAUAGUAACUUGCUUCAGAUGCGGCGUCAGAGUAUGCAAAGAAAAAUGUGCCAGAUACAUAAAGAGAAGAAUAUGGCUUUGCCAGAAUUGUCUCCACCCUCGUCAAUCCCUGCUCCAAAGUUUUCUGGAAGUAAUUCAUCCUAACAUUAGAGGAUUUACUGAUCCAUUUACUACAAAUAUGGAUCAGCCAGGAUUUCAAGACAAUGAUCUAGAAUCACUAAAAAAACUUGAGAAAGAUCAAGUGAGAGAUUUCAUUGAAAAGUUGGUCAAUGUUAUGCUAGGGGAGAAUGUGGAUAAUGCUAGUGUAUCCAUGCUGUAUAACGACAAACUGUAUUUACCAAUUACCGGCCAAUCUCCUUGUUCAGCACAUACAGCUUUAAAAGAAAUCAUAGAGAGGUUGCUGAAGGAGGCAGUGAAUUUACCUCUUCUAGCGAAAGCACAUGCUCACCCCACAGUUCCAGAAGAAGACGAUAAAAAUAAAAGUUAUGAAGACCUUUUGGCAACAGCAAUUAUCAAUAAGGUGAUCAGUAGCUGUCAAAAUAAUGGCCCUUCUUCUUCGGCGAACAGUGUGUCUAGUCGCGUCUCUACAUCGUCGAGAUACAAAGAUGAUAAAGAGUAUUUCUUUAGCGAGGAAACGUUGGAUAGCAAGUGGAAAACUACUGAUCUGGAUACGACAUCCGUAUCCAGCUUAGAUGAUUGGAUUCACAGCGAAUCCAGCUUCGGAUCGAAGAAAUAUGUGGAUAAAGUUACCCUUAAGAUCAAACAAGAUAUCGAAGAAGUAGAUAACUUAGAGUCAGAGCCCGAAGAAGAUGAUGCUGAAUACUUUCGAUCAACAUCGUCCUUACUCAGCGAUAGCGAGUCGAACUGGUUAUUACAGAGACGCAAUUUCCAAGGAACAGCAUCCCCAGUACCUGUGCCAAUGCUAGUACCAAAUCCCACAUCUGAAGCUAAGGUCCUUAUUGGUGACAAGCCCUUAGAUGACACCUCUGAUCUGUCCGAUGUCGGAUCUGAUUAUGAGGAACCGGAAAUAUCGCACACCGCCCACUCUCUGCUCGUUCAAUCGAAGAACAUCAUCGGAGGAAGGAACAGCCAGAUACACUUGUUGGAAAAUGGCGACGUUCACAGCGAAUCGUCCACGGAUUCUGGUGUUAAAGAAGUCAACGGAAAAGAAGAGGAAAGAGUUGUGGACACGUUGGAAAGCAGAACGGAUAUUACGGUAGAUGAUGACAAUGUUGAAGAUUCAUCAUAUUUAUCGAUAUGCAGCAACACAGAAAAGGAGGCUGAAUACACCGAAAGAUAUGCAUCGCUGCCACGGCAAAUAGUUAAAAAUUCAGUAGAUGAUUUCAGCUUGGAUUCAAAUUAUAAUACAAGAGCAAAUCAUAAAACAGAUAAAGAAAAUUAUCACAGUUUUAGCGAUAAUGAAUUUUGUGGAAAUUACAGUAAAAAAGAAAAGGAAAAGUGGAGUCAUACCGUAGAAAUGAAGAACAACCCUUAUUCGAAAGAAAAUAUCGAAAAUAGGUUAAAGAGAUCAAGCAGUGCGGCAAGUUCGCUGUACGAUUCCAAGUAUUGUGCGAAAUUAUCCAGAAUGCCGUCUGGCGGGGGCGAUACAGUCUCAAGGAUUGCUGAAAAUUGGCCUCCAUCAGGACCUACAAGGGACAAAUCGCUUAGUCCACAAAGUACGGAGCCUCCAGCGCUUCCAACUACACCACCACCAAAAGGCCUUAUCGGAAAAUUAACAGAAACGUUCAGUAGUGACGCACCAGCUCUUCCUGAUAGUCCACCACCAAAAACAGUUCCACCGGCACUGCCUAAUAGUGCUCCACCAAAAAUUCCGAUACAAUCGACAUCGGAAUUAUCAGAACCUGUUCUUCCAGAAAUUCCAAAAUCCGCACCACCUCUUGAACUUAUAGGAUCAAUAACAACUGAGCAGUUUAUCUAUACUGAACACUUGGAUAGAGCAGUACCGGCAGUUGUUAUACCCGAGGACGACAUGCCACAUUUAACAGUAGAUCAAUAUGGUUCGCCGAUAGUACUACAUGAGUCUGAAGUUCCGAAUUUUAGCUUACAUAGUUCUGAAAUAACCUCCGAUUCAGAUUUGAGCUACGUCAACUCUUAUGAUGUGACGCAUUCACAGGUCAUCAAAGAAACCAAAGACAAAAGUCUUCAUAUACCUAUAAAACCAGUACCCUUUGGUAUUUCGUAUAAGACGAUAGCUGAUGAGAAUGGGAAUAAUGCAACAGCAAAUAACAAUGUGUCGUUAUCAAAUAGUCAUGAUAUAAAAGCAGAUAUUUCUAAACCUAUUGCCAAGCCCAGAAAUUUAGCAAAGAAUCAUGCACCAUUAGAAAAUGGAGUAGGUUCUACUACACCAAAAUACGUUUCAUCUACGUUUAUAUCACAAAGAUCUACUUCGAUCCAGGCCAAUUUCAACGAAGAUUCCUUCGAUACGCCACCAAAACAUUUACAUCAAAAAAAGGAUAACACUCUUAUCUCAAAAAUAUACAAGGAUCCUAAAGUCAGACUAUUCCGAUUGAGAAGCAGGGAGGAUUUAGAUAAUGAAGACUCGCCGCAUCAUACAAGGUCAAGUUAUCAUCAAAACAAGACUAAUACAAACCAGUUAAGUAGAGAGAGGAACUACGAAAGCUCCGAUGAUGGAUUGUAUUCUGAAUAUGAUUCUGGCAAAACAGGGAAGAUGUCGUUCUUCAGUUCAGAAGAAGACUUACUGUCGAUAGAUUCCGAGGGAAGCGUUAAACAUAACCACGUCAUUUCCACUAUUAACGAGAAUGUCGCUACCCACGUCGGAGACGGAGAUGAAGCGUUUUGGUUGAAGCAAACCAGCAGCACUCCUAAGUCAGAAUCGACCAGAAGGUUUAUAUACGGGUCUCAGGAAGACCUUUUGAGUAUUGAUGAAGCGGAACAUCUUCCUAAAAGAAAAGAUAACACAAUAAUCACGAAAAUAUACAAGGAUCCGCGAGUUUUGAAUUUUGCUUUAACAACUCACGGGGAAAACAUGCCCAAUUUGGAAGUAACUACACCAGUAACGCCAAGACCAAAGAGCAUGAAUCUGUCCAGUCCCGAUGAUGAUCAUUUCUUUUCUCCAGCGACCCCAACGUUAAAGAGAACUCCAGUAAACAAAAGAAGACUGUAUCAGUCGUACGAUGAUCUGUCGUCUGCCGAUAUUAGUUUGAGGAGUGAGAUGUUAAGUAAACACGAAACGGAUAGUUUGUCCGAUAAAAUGAAGGAGAGUUAUAAUGGCGAUGAUCUGGAGGUGGAUGAAAUUGAAAGGAAACAUUUGGUUAGGAAUGCUUUGGGGAAGUUUUCGAAAUCGGAAGCAAACUUUAACAGUUCCUUCGUAAGAGCGACAUCGCAGGAUGAAGAAAUAAGGGUUUCAGUGAGAGAUCUCCGGAAGAAGUUCGAAAAUAACGAUAAUCAAAAUCACCGAGUUGUAUCUAGUCUAACAGCAAGGAGUUUAUCGAAGAAAGUGAAGGAAACUCUGAAGAUGUAAAAUAUUAAGGAUGAUAACUUAGAUUAGGAUAUUUAUUCAGAACCUCCUUGCUAGGAAAUCUAAAUAUGAAGAAUUUCAUACAAAUAUGAAAAUGUGAUUUUAAUGUGUUUAUAUGUAAACUAUUUCCUUAUUUUGUCAUUAGAUAUAGACUUUAUAUUUAACAACAAUGUAAGAAUAUAUAUUCAGUAUUUUUGGGGUCAGUAUUUUAUAUUAAACCUAUAUUAAAGAAGUGCUAAUUAAUUUUGAGACUGACUGAUAUUUUUAUUCCAAACUAAAUAGAUUUUAUUUCAUUUACUUGUUUUUAGUGCAUUUAAUAUUGGUAAAUUAUGUAUGAUUUUUAUAUUUUAUUAUGUUUAGUUAGCUGUAAGGUACAUAUUGUUAUUAAAGUAUAUGUGUUACCUAAUUUUUAAUGUUACCAUUAUAAGAAUUGUAUUUUAUUUAAUUUAAUGAAUAAAUAAAGAUUUACUAAAUUUUU